AAAUGCAUAUCUCCACUUGCCACAAGUUGAACUGAGCGAAGGGGAGCAUGAAGUCACGUGAAUACUUGGCAUCGGGUAAUUGUCGGGAUUUAUGUCCGAAAAUCGAUCGCUGCUUCUGAGCACAUGCAAAACGAUGUCUUGCUCUCUAACGUUCUUUCACAUUCUGUUGGAAAACCCCACAACAAUUAGCCGCUGAAAGGACCGAUUCGCCGAUCCUGCAAAAACUUGACAUCUGCGUGCUGAAGCGUAGCAUGCUCCGUGCGCCCGUUCAGUUGAGAAAAAGACUUGGAGCCUGGAGAUCUUAUCGCACUACAUCAAUGGCCAAAGGCGCAGCCCCAACGAGGCUCGAAGGCCAGCUUUCGAGGGCGCUCGAAUCGCGCGAGAAACGGCUGAUCAGACGGCGACUACCACAGCCGGGGAGUUUGGCCGUCGGGCCAGUAGACUUCAACUCCAACGACUACCUCUCUCUAUCGACCUCCCCUGUGCUCCGCAGCCGGUUUUUGGAGAGACUACAGCAAGCCCCGGAGAUCCUUGGCUCCGGAGGCUCGCGGCUGCUGGUCAACGGCACCGCGCACGCUGCGCUCGAAUCGCGUCUGGCGCGUUUCUUCCGCUCACCGGCGGCACUCCUGUUCAACUCCGGCUUCGAUGCGAACGUGGGGUUGUUUUCGUGCCUGCCGCAGCCGGGCGAUGUCGUCGUGUACGACGAAUACAUUCAUGCGUCGGUGCACGACGGCAUGCGCGCGUCGAGAUGCGCGGCCCGCCACGCUUUCGCGCACGACUCGGUGUCCACGCUGAGGGGGGUCCUGGUUGAGUGUUUGGAGGAGCGACCAGAUGUCAGAGAUGGACAAGCGAGUGUCUUCGUUGCCGUGGAGAGCUUGUACAGCAUGGACGGCACAUUUUCGCCGCUGACGGAGAUCGUCGGGCUUCUCGAAGAGCUCUUCCCGCACGGGAAUGCGUAUCUGAUCGUGGACGAAGCGCAUUCGACCGGAUUGUACGGACCUCAAGGUCGUGGGCGGGUCAUUGAGCUUGGAUUAGAGGAUAAGGUUCUAGCGCGAUUGUAUACGUUUGGGAAGGCGCUUGCGGCUACAGGUGCUGUCAUCAUAACUUCCCCACUGAUACGAGACUACCUGCUCAACUAUGCCCGGUCGCUGAUAUACACGACGUCACUGAGUUCGUCGAACAUCAUCGCCGCCGACACCUCUUUCGACCUGCUAGACGACGGGACAGCCCAUAAAGUGUGUUCCCCUUGUAACCGUAACCCGAUCCUAUCGCCGAUUGACGCCACCCUCAGCUGGCAGAUCACGCUCUCAGUCUCUCGGCGUAUUUCGUUGAAUCGUUACGGCAGCGUCUACCUGACAUCCCCCCGCACCUUCUUUCGCUACCAGCCCAUCUCUCAGAUCCCACCGUACCGCCCUCGCCGAUCAUACCAGUGAUGACAUGCCGGCCGCGGCCACUGUCCAAUCAUCUGGCCUCCCUGGGGUUGAACGCACGGCCGAUCACAUGGCCCACCGUGCCCAAAGGCGCGGAUCGAGUUCGCGUGUGUCUGCAUGCUGGGAAUACACGAUCAGAGGUGGACAGGCUAGUGAAAGGAAUGUUAUCCUGGGCGGUGGAAGCAGCAAAGGACGACGAGAAUGUAAAGACUGAACAUGUAAAGAGUAAAUUGUAGAGUGUUUGUACGCGAUCACGUGGUCGCUUUGUGAGAUGACAUCAUCUAUCAUCCGGA